GCUUAGUAGCUUAAGUGGUUAGAGUCUUGAGAGGUGUAUCCGUGUAUGACAAGGAUGAAGAAAUCAAUGAAGGAGAUAGAAUGAAGCCUACGGAGUUCAUUCCAUUCGGAAGUCUACCACUGAAUACUUCACAGAGAAACCCGGAUUCAGACAGUGCUGAGCCUAACGGAAAUCAUGGCCAGCCUUCCAUUAUUCCGGAUCACUCAAACGGUGACAAUUCUGGAAAUGGCGACCCAGUGCCAAUCCAUCCAGAAUCACCAACAAACUCUGUUCUUCAACCAGAAGCUGAAUUAGAUCAACCAAUCAACCCUAAUCAACACAAUCUUCCGAAGAAAGCAGACCUGAACAACGACUACAAACUUGUUCUGGAAUUGGUCAUCGCCGGCCUCGAAUGUGGAAGUGGAGGACAUGCUGAUGACAUCACCCAAGAGAGAGCCUCCAUCAUCAACGCUCUCAUUACCAAAUCAAAGGUAAAUUGGGCUGCACAUUUCUUCAAUUCCAUAUCAAAGCAUCUGGGAAAGCCCAACCAGAAAUACCUUUGCCAAGGUCUGUACAUUGGACAUAUUUUGGAGUCUAUGGGUGCUGCAUCUAAAGGGAAGAAGUAUGGAGCCAGAUAUUGGCUAUACUACCUGUCUUCAAAAGGGGAAAACAGAGCUGGUACUAGUGCUGCUGCUGAAGAAAGUUCUUCAGACAAUGUCCCACUCAUCAAUUUGACGAAAACUGCCAAAAGGAAGCAAGUGGUGUCUCCCUCUCUCAGUAUAGAAGCACCACAGAAUCUCGUUCCAGUAAAUCUUGAAGAAGAAGAAGAAGUCUCUGUCCAAAGAGAACUUCAAAGGAAGAAGAAGAGGAAAAUCACCUCUCCCUCAUUAUCUGGAAAUGUCAACCCAGAUGAAUUGAAGGAGAAGGAACCUGCUGAGGAAACCUCUGCCCACAACCAGAGUCCUCAACAACUGGAAGAUGAAGCUCAUAGUCUUCCAACCCCCUCACCUCAACCUCAAACAGAUGAUGCUGAUAACCAAUUCUGGCAGCUCUACUAUGAUUGGAGAGUUUGGAAGGUUGGAAAUUCAGCAGAGCAGUUGUUGGGUUGGGACCAACAACUGAAGAAUGAGAAGAUCAUCAAGAAGUGCUUAGGACUGCCAGUCAACCACACCUGUCAACAAAUCUUGGAUGAUGCCUGGGUAUGGCAAAGGAACUAUGAAGACCUGCAUCAGGAAUACUUGGCCACCACACCAGUUUCAGAAUUUGAAGUUGAUGAUGAGGGUCCUGCAGUCUACAAACCAGUCUUCUCAAAAGCCACAGAAGAUCAGAUGGUUCUCACUUCUGAAGCACAGGCUAACUUGGAAGCAACAGCUGAGGAUUUCCAAAUAUUUCUAGAAACCACAUCUGCGUUUGAAACGUCUCAAGUUCUUGAGAUUCUCACAACUGCUUGUGGGAUCUCCAACCAGCAUGAACUUGAGAUCCCGGAGAAGUUAGGAGAAAUUCUGGAACAGUCCACUUUUCCAGAAACAACUGAAGCCCAAGAGGAGCAAGCUGUAGAAGCCCAAGAGGAGCAAGCUGUAGAAGCCCAGAGGAAUUCUGCAGAAACUGAGAAGGAAACUCAAAUGGCAGAACUGGAGGCCUCUAAAUCUCUAGUAACCAACUUCCAUUUUCAUAGCUCUUCCAUUCCUACACUUCCGGAUGAGGUACCGGAAAUCUGGACAAAGAAGGUCCAAGGGCUGAUUGAACCAACCCUAGCAUCUCAGCAUGCCUCCUUUAGGCAAGAGAUAGAGCAGAUGGAAGCCAGGUACAACCAGCUGAUUGAGAAAUCCGAAGAGACACACUGCUCCAAUCUCAAGGAGAUAAGAAAAUCAGUGGAUAAGAUUCUAGAGAUCAUUUCUCUAUUGAGUAACUCUGUGAGCGACACAAUGGAGACAUAUGCAUCUGACAGUUUUCUUCAACUCAAAGAAGUUAACAAAAUCAGAGAGCAAAUAGCAAAUGUCACAGUCAGUCUGCAGAAGCAAAUGUCACUUCUUCAAAUGGACAUCAAAUCAGCUCUGGCAGUGUCUUCAGCAAAUCAGGUAGUAACCAAAGACUACUUGAAGGUUAUAAUUGACAAUCAUAAGGAAGCAUUCAGACUGUUCAGACACUUGAGCACAAACUCUGGCAACCGCAAGAUGGAAGUAAUUCUUCAACAACACAUUCCAUCCUUGAUUCCAGAGCUCCCUAUCGCAGUCAAAGAAGGAGAAAUCUCUUAUAUUCCCUCGCAUCUGAAAAUGACUGACCUGAUCCUCGAAGCUCAGAGAAAUAAUCCGAAGAACUCAGCACAACAUCUAUCUAGCUUAGGACUGGAUAGAACAGAGGCUGUUGGAACCAUUGUGACACAUUUCCCAAAUGAUAACCAAACAAAGGAGAGAUACCACAACAUAAGGCGCAUUAAAGAACUUUGUGGAAAUAUGCAAGGCAUCGUGAUUUGGAAAUUGGAUAUCUUGAUCGGAAAUGACAGAGACAACCAUCUUAAUCCCAUCACCUUCUCCAAGAUCAAGCAUCUCAAGACUGCCAUGGAGAUUUGGCAAGGUCUUGGGAAGCUAUGUGAGGGAUCAGAGGACCUGAGAAAGCAGAAGAUAGAAGUCCUGCUUGAGAAGUUCAAAAGCUUCAAAAUGCUUCUCGGAGAAUCAUUUGAUAUGUUGGAUGAAAGAUACCACAAGAUAUUAAAUGAUCUUCUAUCACUUAACCACGUUCUUUCUCCCAAAGAAAAGAAUUCAGCAUGCCCGUACCCAAAGGUGGAGAAGUACGGAGAGAGAGAAAGGAAUGAGAAGAAAAAGAAGGCAAUGGUUGCUGCUGAAAGUGACAAGUCAUCCAGCUCAAGCUCGGAUGAAGAAGCUCUCGUCUGCAUGGAGCGCAGAGUUGAGAAGUCCAACCAUGAAGAUAGGUGGACUAUGUCAGAAGAUGACACUCUCUGCCUAAUGGCCAAAGAUGAUGCUGAUCAAGAGGUGAAAUCCCUCAACAAGGAGCUAGGGAUAAUUAAGUCCAAAGAAGCAGUGGAUAGGCUUUUUGAAACGACCAAACAUAAGGGUCGCGAAGGACUUGGGUUUGACCCCUCCAGUUCCAAAAGGAAAGGGAGAACAACUUUCAUCCCUCCUAAACCUACUGCUAAACCCAAUAAGCAGAAAGGAAAGGAAAAGGAGAAACCAACAGAAGUUCCCAAAAAGGUAGUCCCUCCUAAGAACUAUAGGAAGCUGGACAGACCUCAAAAAGGAAACAAUUUCAGAAGAAAACCUUCUAACCCCCACUAUACACGAGGCUAUACACACUAUGGGGUAGAUAGGAGUUUUCCAAGAAAUUCUGAGUGGAGAACUAUGCCAAGAUAUAGUCAUCCUCCACCCCAGAAAAUGUUUGUUCCACCCAAGUAUGCUUAUAACCGUCACAGGUCACACUAUGCACAACCUAGACAAAACUAUAGGUCUUACGCCCGCCGCGACACUCCUCUCGCCAAUGCCCAUAAUGCCCUGCUCAGCCAUGGCGGCGGUGGCGGAGGAGGUGGCUCUAGUAAUUACAACAUCACCGACAAGCACUACUGGGUCUCAAGGACGAAGACGGGGAUCCACGGAUAUGUGAUUGUGGGGAUUUGGCUGUUGUGUGGAGUGGGGUUUGGAAGUUACAUAAUGAUCAAGAAUUCAAGUGAUAGCUAUGAGCACAUGGUUGAUCAUCCUCAUGUGUCGGAUGUGUGUUCGCGCCUCCCCUUCAGAAGCUCCAUUUCGCCUCAAGGGGUCGUGAAGGGAUCAUAUGGCAGUCCAAACGCAUCUUUGGAACUAAUUAAUUGAAGGAAUUAGUUCCCAGGACGUUCGAUUAACUCCCGGCGGGUCUAGGGUUCCGUCGCUGGGGAAAAUGUCAAUUCAGUUUCAGCAUAGAUCAUGCUCACCAGUGGUCUCGUUAAUCCAGGUUGUCGGAGCCGAAUUCUUUCCAAGGAGGAAGAGGACAAGCGAAAGAAAACAACCAGUGAUCG